AUGACUCCACUGCCCUUUCCCCCUCUACACGCCACCCUUCUUUCCCGUCUCCGCCGCUCUCUCGCCUCCCGCGACCUUCUCCCCGCCUCCACCCGCGUCCUGCUGGCCAUCUCCGGCGGCCAAGACUCGCUCGCCCUCGCCGAGCUCCUGCGCACCAUCCGCACCCGAACAACCCCACCCCCGUGGCCCUCGCUCGCUCUCGCCUACUGCGACCAUCGCUGGCCGCACGACCACGGCAUCCGCCAUCACGUCUCGGCCUACGCCCGCAAAGCUGCCCUGCCCUUGCACGUCUUCGAUGCCGCCGACGCCCCGCCGGGGGCGUCGGAGUCGGCCGCCAGGGAGUGGCGCUACGCCGCCCUGUCCUCGCUCGCGCUGAACCAUGGCUUCCAGGCCGUCGUCACGGGACACACGCGCACCGAUCUCGCGGAGACCGUCCUCUUCAACCUGGCGCAUGGCGCCGGCUCAGACGGCCUCUCCGCGAUGACCUGGCGCCGAACCCUGUGCGAGGGCGUCACGCUUGUGCGUCCGCUGCUGGACAUCUCCCGCGAGGAGACGGGCCGCUUUUGCGAGGAGGAAGGCCUGCACGUGUGGCGGGACGUGUACAACGAUGACGCCAAGUUUGCGAGGAACCGUGUGCGGAAGACCGUCAUGCCCGCGCUGAAGGAAGCCCUGCACGGGAAGGUCGAAGAGGGUCUGGCGAGGAGCGCCACCUUGCUGAGAGACGAGAGCGACUACUUGGAACGGGUGGCGGCGCGCGUGUUUGAUCGCGUCGUGUGCCUUCUCGCCGACCGCUUGAAGAUUGAUCGCGAGCUGUUGCGGAAGGAGAGCGUGCCCGUGCAGAGGCGCGUCGUCAGGAGGGCGCUCAGGGAGGGCUUGGGCGUCAAGCACCGGAGGAGCGUUUUUAAGCACGUCGAGGCUGUGAGAGCCCUCGUGGCAGAUGACGUCGGGAGCGCGGCCGCCUCGCUUGUUUGGGGCAGCGAGGCCAAGGUCGUCUCGGACAGAUGGAUUGAGAUUAGAGAGCCCGUGCAGGUAGAGGCGGAGGGGUGA